AUGACGCAUUGCGAGCUUGCAUCGAGGCCGCUGCUCCAAUGUCUACGACACACAUACGGCAAAGCACUUCUCGUAACCCACUUCACCGCUGUCCGUGCCUUCUCAUCCACACCCAUCACGAAAGAUGAGGCUCAAUCAGAAACUCCUCGAAGCCAGCCCUUCUACAGAGCUCCUGAUCCGGCGCUGGUAACUAGUCCCCGAUUGGAGAGAAGGCUUGUACGAGCCGGUAAUCACCCAAUUGGGUCCCGUCGACGUCGUGCAGCCCUCCAAGACUCUCCCAAUAUCCCCUUCGAACUCUUGCCAUACCAAUGUUUCCAGGAGGCCCGCAAGGUUUUGUUAGAGGACAGGGAGGAAAAACUCAAACAAAUAGAAACGGAGCGCGGUCGGAUAGCGAGACUACGUGCUGCCGACCCUUCAACUGUGGGAGGUGAACUUCGAAAGAAUAAUCGCUUGAGGAGCAUGGAGAAGCACUUGGAGCACCUGAAAAUCCUGGCAGAUAUUAAUGACCCCGUGAUUAAAAAACGAUUUGAAGAUGGCCUAGGUAACAUGAAUCGGCCGAUUUAUCGAUACCUUGCUGAUCAAAAAUGGAGGGAAUAUAGACGGAAGAUCAUCGUUCAGCGUAUAACCCAGAUGAAAGUGAUCCCAGAUGUCCUCCCCCACCUGGAUCCCAUUGUCGAUGUGAAAUUGGCUUUCGGAAGACGAGCAAUACCUCCUGGGGAAUUUGUAGAUUCUCGAGUCAGUUCGAUGCCGGCGAAACUAAACGUCCAGACCUUUGAGCAUGGUGAGAAACUGUUGACCGUCGCCGUUGUGGAUUUGGAUGUUCCUGAUCCUGAACACGACUCUUUCGGUUUCCGUUGUCAUUUCCUGGCAAUUAACGUGCCUAUCUCCCCGACUGAGUCAAGGAUUUCCUUGGACAAACUGUCAACGGACAACCAAGUUAUCUUCCCUUGGCUUCCACCGUAUGCUCAGAAAGGAAGUCCGUACCAUCGGCUCUCUAUCGUUAUUCUAGAGCAAAAAGAUCAAGCCGCCCUGGACUUGAAACAGGUGGCAGAGAAAGUGCAACGGGACGACUUCCGUCUACGAAGCCUCCAGACGCGACACCAGCUCAAACCAAUUGGGGUGCAUCUUUUCAGAAGCAAAUGGGAUGAAAACACAGAAUCCGUCAUGAAGGAGUUUGGUAUUCCAGGAGCCGAGAUUGAGUUCCGCAGAAAGAGAAUUGAGCCACUACCGUACAAGAGGAGGAACCCUUCCUCAUUUAGAUAGACUCGGGCGGCCUUCGUUUCCAUUUCUGGCAUAUUUCAUAGGAAUUGUUACAAUAUAUUGUACAUUAGAGCUUUACAGUAUAGUUAAGUUUUAUUCAUACACACAAAAUAGGGGG